UCCUCGCCCAACUGCCCCCGUAAUUUUCGCGGUCUCCUCCCCUCCCCUCUCCCCGACCUCUCCGCAAUCCGGCGACCCCCCCAAAUCCGCCUGACCCGACGACGCGCGGGAGAGACAGGUCAAGCCCUACCCUACCCGCCCCGCCCCGCCCCGCCUCCUCCCUCCCUCUCCGCGCCGCGCAAUGCCAGGCCUCGCCGCCGCCGCCGACCAGGACCCCGUCUCGCUGGUGCGCCGCGUCUCCCGCGCCCUCAACCGCCGCGUCUCCGACCUCGUCGGCCUGCUCUUCCACCACAAGACCGCCGGAUCCCUCGGGGCUGUGGCUGGUUUCGCCAUCGCCGUCGUCUUCGCGUGGAAGUUCCUGCGCUCCUCGCCGGCUAGGCCCCGUCGGCCUGAACCGAAGCGGCCAUCGGUUGGUCCUGCUGCUACCGAUUCUGCUGCCGCCGAUGCGGUUGAGCCUGCUGGUGAUCCUGGGAAGCUGUCGACACGGCAAAUCGUGGUGAAGCGACUAAGUGGUUGUAGAAAGGUUACUUGCCAACUGCUUGGUGUUGUUUUUGAGGAGAAAACUCCUGAGGAACUUCAGAAACAUGCAACUGUUCGACCUUCAGUGGUGGAACUACUACUUGAAAUAGCCAGAUACUGUGAUUUGUAUCUGAUGGAAACUGUACUUGAUGAUAAGAGUGAGGAGAAUGCCCUGAUUGCCCUGGAGAGUGCUGGACUUUUCAAGACCGGUGGCUUGAUGAAAGAAAAGGUACUCUUUUCCAGCACUGAAAUUGGGCGAACUUCAUUUGUCCGACAGUUAGAGGCAGAUUUUCACAUUGACACAAGCCUCGAUAUAAUCUCCCAACUAUCUCGGUUCAUUCGAUGCCAACUGUUUGUUUCCUCAAUCGAAGGAGGACAACUUGCGUCUAAUGUAUUUAACUCGCCAAGCCUUGAGCAGUUCUUCUCAUGAAGGCAGACCAGACAAUGGGGUUCAUACCUAAAUGCGCCAACUAGCAACACAUGUUUUCAAGAUCCAAGGUGUCAUGCGAUUCUAUGACACCAAUCGAGUAGUAGAAUCCUCAGAUAUACAAUCAAGCGGGUAUGCCGUGGCGCUUAUGUUUGACCAUGUUGUGCCUGUUAUUCCAAUCUUCCUCAUAGCUGUAUCGUGGCCUCCAUAGGUAGUGAGAACUAUAUAGUUGGAUACGUGCAGUUUAUGACCAUCCAUUGGUGUUGUAAAAUGUAAAUAGAAUGUCACAAGUCCGCUUUUCAUCGUUCAA